AUGAGGGCUGAAGUGAUUGUUAAUUCUCAAGGCCAGACUGAUUAUCUAACCAACGAUUCAGACCAGGAUGUAGCACUCAAACUUGCCCAGGAACGAGCUGAGAUAGUUGCUAAAUAUGACAGAGGACGAGAAGGUGCAGAGAUUGAACCUUGGGAAGAUGCUGAUUACCUUGUUUACAAAGUCACAGAUAGAUUUGGCUUUUUACAUGAGGAAGAGCUCCCAUACCAUAAUGCAGCUGUGGAACGGCAAAAACAACUGGAAAUUGAAAGAACUACAAAAUGGCUGAAAAUGCUAAAAGGAUGGGAAAAAUACAAGAAUACUGAAAAGUUUCACAGGAGAAUUUACAAAGGCAUUCCACUCCAGCUCAGAGGUGAAGUCUGGGCUCUACUUCUUGAGAUCCCUAAAAUGAAAGAAGAAACAAGAGACCUUUAUAGUAAAUUAAAACACAGAGCACGGGGUUGUUCACCGGAUAUCAGACAAAUUGACCUUGAUGUCAACCGCACAUUCAGGGAUCAUAUUAUGUUUCGAGACAGAUAUGGUGUUAAGCAACAAUCUUUAUUCCAUGUUCUUGCUGCAUAUUCUAUUUAUAAUACGGAAGUUGGAUACUGUCAGGGAAUGAGCCAGAUCACAGCUUUACUCCUUAUGUAUAUGAAUGAAGAAGAUGCCUUCUGGGCCCUGGUCAAACUGUUCUCAGGCCCCAAACAUGCCAUGCAUGGCUUUUUUGUCCAUGGUUUCCCUAAACUCUUGAGGUUUCAAGAACACCAUGAAAAAAUAUUGAAUAAGUUUCUCUCCAAGCUUAAGCAACACUUGGAUUCUCAAGAAAUCUACACGAGUUUUUACACAAUGAAAUGGUUCUUUCAGUGUUUUCUUGAUCGUACUCCAUUUACACUAAACCUAAGAAUAUGGGAUAUCUACAUAUUUGAAGGAGAACGUGUUCUUACUGCUAUGUCUUAUACAAUCUUAAAAUUACACAAAAAACAUCUAAUGAGAUUGUCUAUGGAAGAACUUGUAGAAUUUCUUCAGGAGACACUAGCAAAAGAUUUUUUCUUUGAAGAUGAUUUUGUAAUAGAGCAACUUCAGAUUUCUAUGACAGAACUAAAACGAGCAAAAUUAGAUCUUCCAGAACCUGGUAAAGAGGACGAAUAUCCCAAGAAACCUUUGGGGCAGCUUCCACCUGAAUCCCACUCUGCUGGUGUUAAUCACCUAAGCAAUGGACAAAGAAAUGUUGGCAAGUCAAGUCCACAUACAGGCAGCAGAAAAGAAAGUGGCACUUCUCCUCAUAAAAGAUAUGAGCAUUCCCCUCGCCAUCAAAGUAGAAUUGGUACACCAGAAAGAGUAAGGCAGCCAAGGCGGAAAUCUGUGGAUGAGGAUAGUAAAAAGCUUAAGGGUGAGGUAGAUAUUCAAGGAAAAGUUCCAUCAGUUCCCCAAGACAAUUCCAAGCAAUAUGUUAAUGCAGCUGCUAACCAAAACAGCAAUGCUACUUCAGAUGUCAGAAAGGAAUUUGUGCCCAAAUGGAAUAAACCUUCAGAUACUUCAGCUGUUGAAAAAACUGCCAAGUAUGCCAUUGAAGGCAAAAGUAGAUCAGCAAACCCCACACUUAAAAUCACCAUCCCAAGUUCUACUGAUAUUCAAAGGUCAAAUGCAAGGCAAAAGAUUAAGGUUUUGGAUGCUGAUGAAGGGAAACGUGGUUCCAAUGCAUCACAGUAUGAUAACGUACCUGGAGCUGAAAAUGAUAAUGGAGCUUCUGUUGAAGAGGCACUAGAAAGGGCUUACUCGCAAAACCCAAGGAAUCCUGUUUAUUCUAACAGUCCAAGAAAGCAUGCUGAGCCAAGUUCUAGUCCAUCAAAAAUAUCCAACCAUUUUACUUUUAAAGUACAGCCUCCAAGUUAUGUAAAAUGUCCAUCUCAGUUAGAUGGAGACGAUCAUGGGACAAUACAUCCACCAUCCUAUAGUAAUCCCCCUGUUUACCAUGGAAAUUCUCCAAAACACAUCCCUACUGCUAACAGCAGCACUGUGUCUCCACAGUUUAACUGUGGAACUCAAAUUAAUCCUUCCAGGAGACCUUAUAGUUCUUCUCUCUCAGUAAAUACUUCUCCAGAAAAACCGUACAGCCGCCCAACUCCAAUUGUAUUACCAUCUAGUCGAAUAGAAGUCUUUCCUGUUGAUAUUGGUGCUGGGGGAUAUUCAGGGUCUCCAAAGAAUGGAAAAUUCAUCAUUCCUCCAGUGGAUUAUUUGCCAAAUAACCGAAAAUGGUCAGAAGUUAGUUACACAUACAAAGCUGAGAUGCGAGAACAGUCAUGGAAUCAAGAUGCUAAUCGCAGCCACUUAAGCAAUUUACCAAAAUAUUCAGCCUUUCAGCAUGUAACCUUUCAAGACCAUAACCUCCCAGCAGUUUCAGUGGAUAGUCCUGUGCGCUAUAGAACUUCGCCAGAUUUGGAAGACGCCAACUCAUCUCGGUAUCAAUAUUCAGGGCCCUCGCCUCCAGCAUAUCACUACAGAAAUCGGGAUGGACUUUCUGUUCAGGAAUCAGUAUUGCUGUGA